UUAAGAUUGUAUGCAAUCCCAUUAUAAAUUACAUAACAAGAAAGAGUUAUUUAGAUCCAGGAAUUUUUCAAUAUCUGGAGGCAAAAUCAUAAAUAAAGGGGAUUCAUUCCAGACAAGAUCUAACUGUUCAUCCAGAGCACCCAGUUGUGAAUGCCUUGACUUUGGGUCUCGUCGUUCCUCUUCAAAAUCAAGGAGUCCUUCAGUAGCCUCCAGUACAGAGUCAGUUUUCAGCCAAGCCAGCUACACAAGUCCAAACAGUCUGAACAGUCCCAUUAGUCCAGCCACCGUCAACAGUCCAAACAGUCCGGCCAGUGUCAGUACACCGAAUAGUCCCGUACGACCGCCCAGAAAAAAUCGUCCCGGACUUUCAGGAUCAGAUACGCAUAGUCUUAACUCAAGAAACUCCAGCAUCGAAACCUGUCCGUACCUACCCUUGAUGUACAGAAUUGUUGUACUGGGUUCUGGUCAGGUUGGGAAAUCUUCAAUAAUAUCUCAGUUCCUCACCUCAGAUCAUGUGGACACUUUUGCUUCAGUUGAAGAUACGAUAGAGAAGGAAGUUGUAAUCAAUGUUGAUGGAAAAGAGAGCCAUCUUAUCUUUAUAGAUUAUCCUCAUGGAGAAAUACAGGUUGAAGAUCUACUUGAGCUGGAGACCCCUGAUGGUAUUCUUGCUGUGUUAGCUGUAGAUGAUGAUGAAUCUCUGACUGAGGUUGAAAAUAUUCUGAAAUAUCUGAAAUAUAAACAGUUCCUGGAAACACAGGCUUGUAUCGUAGUUGGGAACAAGAUAGACUUAGUUCGGAGUAGGACGGUUUCAACUUCAGGAACAGAUAUUAUAACUAACUUUAACUCAAUCUUUCAAAGAAACUAUAAAGGAACUAAACACUUGCGACAAGUUGGAGCUAAUAUGGCCAAACAACAAUUUGGAGUAUACUGUAAACCCACCAUUUCCAAGCAAAUACAGAUCCAGUUCAUUCACUUCUCCUUCAACAUGGAAAACAGCAGCGGUGGAACCAUUACUGUCAGCGGAUGGGACCAAGAGGGAGGAGAUCAUACCAGGGCCGGGAGAAGGAAGAAGGAGGUCAUAUUAGGAAGAAGGAAGUUGGAGGCCAUACUAGGGAGAAGGAAGGAGGAGAUCAUACUAGGGAGAAGGAAGAAGGAGGUCAUAUUAGGAAGAAGGAAGUUGGAGGUCAUACUAGGGAGAAGGAAGGAGGAGAUCACACUAGGAAGAAGGAAGCUAGGAGGAGGAGGAGAUCACACUAGGAAGAAGGAAGGAGAAGGGAAAAGGAAGGAGGAGGUCAUACUUGGAAAGAUGAAGGAGGUCAAACUAGGAAGAAGGAAGGAGGAGGGUCAUACUAGGGGGAAGGAAGAAGGAGGUCAAACUAAGGAGAAGGAAGGAGGAGGUCUUGCUAGGGAGGACAGCCGGCAGAUAAUGGUUUGGCAUCUUUCAGCAUCUUUGUCUUUUUCUUAA